AAUUUCCCUACAGGACUCGACAAUGCACGGGCGACGGAAAAUACCAAGCUGGAGUUCGGUCGGGGCAGAGCGAAUUUCCUAUGGAACGGUGGAAUGAAUUGCGCAGAGAUUGGAAAUAACAUGUCGAAGAUGAAAGUACUCUCUUAUAUCGAGCUUGAAGGAACUCUGAUUCUUGUUCUGAGCUGCACCUGUUCUGUUGCAUUAUAAGGUUGAUAUGGGGAUGGACUUCAAAGUGGUUCUGCUCUCCUUGUUCCUGUCAACCCUUUUGUUCUCUCUUGUCUCCUCCGAAUCUCAUGACGGUCUGCUCAGGAUAGGACUGAAGAAAUUGAAGUUUGACAAGGACAAUCGUGUCGCCAAACAGCACGAACUGGAGCACAGCGAAUCUCUGAGGAAGUAUUAUCUCGGCAGUCAGGUUCGAAAAUCUGCCGGAGAUGCUGAUAUAGUGGCUUUGAAGAACUACUUGGAUGCUCAGUACUAUGGAGAGAUUACUAUCGGAACUCCCCCUCAGAAGUUCACUGUGGUCUUCGACACGGGGAGCUCCAACUUGUGGGUCCCAUCUUCACAGUGUUACUUCUCGCCCGCAUGUUUCUUCCAUUCCAAAUACCAGUCUGGCGAGUCAAGUACUUACAAACCGAACGGAAAACCUGCUGCCAUUCAGUAUGGAACUGGAGCAAUUUCAGGUUUCUUCAGCAAUGAUGAUGUUAGUGUUGGUGACUUGGUAGUGAAAGAUCAGGAUUUUAUUGAGGCAACUAGGGAACCAGGUAUGGCAUUUCUGGCUGCCAAAUUCGAUGGCAUACUCGGCCUCGGGUUCCAAGAAAUCUCUGUUGGGGAUGCUGUUCCUGUGUGGUACAAUAUGAUGAAACAAAGACUUGUUCCCGAACCGGUGUUUUCCUUCUGGCUCAACCGGAAUGCUGAAGAGGAAGAAGGUGGCGAACUUGUUUUUGGUGGUGUUGACCCGAAGCACUUCAAGGGACAGCACACUUAUGUUCCUGUGACUCAGAAAGGCUAUUGGCAGUUCAACAUGGGCGAUGUUCUUAUUGGUGGAAAACCAACUGGAUAUUGUGCUAAGGGAUGCUCUGCAAUUGCUGAUUCUGGAACUUCUUUGUUGGCGGGUCCAACGGAGGUGAUUACAAUGAUAAAUCGUGCUAUUGGAGCCAAUGGGAUCGCAAGCCAAGAGUGCAAGGCUGUCAUUUCACAGUACGGGCAGACCAUCAUCGAGAUGCUCUUGGCAGAGGCCCAACCCAACAAGGUUUGCUCCCAAAUUGGGAUGUGCACUUUUGACGGAACUCGAGGAGUCGGAGCGGGGAUCAAGAGCGUGGUGGAUGAAGAGAAUGGCAGAUCGUCAGGGAUUCUCAGCAGCGCAAUGUGCGCCGCCUGUGAAAUGGCUGCCUUUUGGAUGCAAAACCAACUCCAACAGAAUCAAACUCAACAGUAUAUACUAAACUAUGUCAACGAGCUCUGCGACCAGAUCCCAAACCCGACAGGACAAUCCUCAGUUGACUGCAGCAAAAUCCCUGAAAUGCCUCCUGUGGCCUUCACCAUUGGGGGCAAAACUUUCGAGCUAAGCUCGCAGCAUUACAUCUUGAAGGUGGGAGAGGGCUCAUCGGCCCAGUGCAUCAGCGGCUUCACUGGAUUGGAUGUACCUCCUCCCAAAGGGCCCCUCUGGAUCUUGGGAGAUGUCUUCAUGGGCCCAUAUCAUACCGUGUUCGAUUACGGAAAGUCCAGAGUCGGCUUCGCAGAGGCAGCAUAGAAGCAACCUCCUAAGUCUUGUUUACAUGUAAAAACUCCAUGAGCUUACUGAUGGAGUUGUUUGUGAGAAUGGUGAACAUGAAUUAGUGAUAUCUGCUGUACUGAUCGUUUGGCCUGAAAGAGGAGUUGUGGUUGUAAAUAUUUCAUGUUUUUCUAUUUAUCUUUCCUCGUCU